ACUUUCUGCUGUUUUUCACCAAAACCGCCCAUGGUUUUCAUCAACCUUAUUAAUACCCCGGCCCUCAAGUCACUUACCAUCAUCAUUAUCAACCUAGGAGAAGAAAAAAAAAUGAGUUCUCAAAUUGAACUUGGAACCAGUCUACAUCCUACAAACUCAUCACCCGUACCACUAACUAAUGCUUCAAAUUCUGCAACACUUGGUAGACACUUAGCACGUCGUCUAGUUCAAGCUGGUGUAAAAGAUGUGUUCUCAGUACCUGGUGAUUUUAACUUGUGUUUAUUAGAUCAUCUAAUAGCUGAACCGGAGCUCAACUUAGUUGGUUGCUGUAAUGAACUUAAUGCUGGUUAUGCUGCCGAUGGUUAUGCAAGAGCAAAUGGUGUCGGUGCUUGUGUUGUUACUUUUACUGUUGGUGGACUUAGUAUUCUUAAUGCAAUUGCUGGUGCUUAUAGUGAAAAUCUACCUGUUAUUUGUAUUGUCGGUGGUCCUAAUUCUAAUGAUUAUGGUACUAAUCGUAUUCUUCAUCAUACUAUUGGAUUACCUGAUUUUACUCAAGAACUUCGAUGCUUUCAAACUGUUACUUGUUUCCAGGAUAAAUGUCGUUGAUAAAAUGACACAGGCUGUAGUUAACAACUUGGAUGAUGCACAUGAGCUGAUUGACACUGCCAUCUCCACUGCUUUGAAAGAAAGCAAGCCUGUUUAUAUCAGCAUUGGCUGUAACUUACCUGCAGUUCCUCACCCAACCUUCACUAGGGAGCCUGUUCCGUUCUAUCUUGCUCCAAGGAUUAGCAAUCAAAUGGGGCUAGAGGCUGCAGUGGAGGCAGCAGCAGCAUUUUUGAACAAGGCUGUAAAGCCUGUGAUUGUGGGAGGGCCUAGGUUAAGGGUGUGCAAGGCUCAACAAGCAUUUGUUGAGCUAGCAGAUGCCAGCGGGUAUCCCAUAGCUGUUAUGCCAUCAGGCAAAGGUCUGAUACCUGAACAUCACCCUCACUUCAUAGGAACAUACUGGGGUGCCGUCAGUUCCAGCUUCUGUGGUGAAAUUGUGGAGUCAGCGGAUGCCUAUGUUUUUGUUGGUCCAAUUUUUAAUGACUACAGUUCUGUGGGAUACUCGUUGCUUAUCAAGAAGGAGAAAGCCAUAAUUAUACAGCCUAACCGGGUUACCAUCGGUGAUGGCCCUUCUUUUGGAUGGGUCUUUAUGGCUGACUUCUUGACUGCUUUAGCCUCAAAACUGAAGAGGAACACUACAGCUAUGGAAAAUCAUCGCAGAAUCUUUGUCCCGCCCGGUAUCGCUCUGAAGCGUGAGGCUAAUGAACCGUUGAGAGUCAACAUCCUCUUCAAACAUAUUCAGGAAAUGCUGAGCGGAGACACAGCUGUUAUUGCAGAAACAGGAGAUUCAUGGUUCAAUUGUCAGAAAUUACAUCUCCCAGAAAAUUGCGGAUAUGAGUUCCAGAUGCAGUACGGAUCUAUUGGAUGGUCAGUAGGUGCAACCCUUGGAUAUGCACAGGCUGUCAAACAUAAGCGUGUCAUUGCCUGCAUUGGUGAUGGCAGUUUCCAGGUAACAGCUCAGGAUGUAUCCACAAUGAUCCGCUGUGGCCAGAAGAGUAUCAUAUUCCUCAUCAACAACGGAGGAUACACAAUUGAAGUUGAGAUCCAUGACGGGCCAUACAAUGUAAUCAAAAACUGGAAUUACACCAAGUUCGUUGAUGCCAUCCAUAAUGGUGAAGGAAAAUGUUGGACCACCAAGGUGAAAACAGAGGAGGAACUAAUUGAAGCGAUUGCAAAAGCAACAGGAGAUGAAAAGGAUAGCUUAUGCUUUAUAGAAGUCUUGGUGCACAAAGAUGAUACGAGCAAAGAACUGUUAGAGUGGGGAUCAAGGGUCUCUGCUGCCAAUAGCCGCCCACCCAAUCCUCAGUAGCAAAUUACAGGCCUCUGGGGUUUCUUAGCAGAUUAUUAGAGUGAAUAAGUUGGCUCAAUUGGGUUUCUCUAACUUCUGCAGAAAUUCUGAGCUUUGAUCUGUGUUUUUUAUAUUUCUCUUUUAAUUUCUGUAAUGUUUAGUAUAGUAGUGUUCAUGCUUUCGUCGGAAUGUGAAUAAAAUCCUUUAUUUAUCACUUUGUCAAUAGUUAUAUUGGGUACAAAUUA